UGCCGCUAGGCUAGAGUUUUCAAAGGAUCUUCAGAGCUGCAGGCGCCCUGGGUGUAAUUCCAUGAGCCAGCCAGACGCCGAAGCUAAGGCCAGGACUUCAAAGACAGGAGCGGUGGGGAUGGCACAUCUGUUGGGCAGCCAGUCCUGCAUGGACAGCCUGCGCAAGGACCUCACUGAUCUGCAGGGUGCUAUUGUGGAUGUGUUCUCACGUGCUGGGCCUGUGCGCUUCCCCUCCUGGAAGUUCCCUGACCGUGUGGCCUGUGACCUCGACAUGGUGGCCCUGCUGGAACACUAUGACCAUGUGCCAGACGAUCCCGAAUUCACGCAGCUGUCCCAUGCAGUGCUGCUAGAGCUGGUCAUUGACAGGCUCCUGCUGCUACUUCAGAGCUGCGCCAGCUACCUGGAGAACCUUGGCUCAGGUCAGACAAUGCCCCCUGCCCAGGCUGCAGGGCCCUGCAUGUCCGUGGGGCUCACAGUGCGACGCUUCUGGAAUAGCCUGCUAAGGCUGGGCAUGCUCUACCAGCAGGUGGCUGGCCAGAAAAGGGCAAAACAAGGAGAGACUCCCAUCUCUAGGCCCACAGCCAAGGGUGAGCCAGCCAGGAGCCCUGAAUGUAUGACUGCCAAGUUCAUCAAGCCGCCCUCCCCAACAGCAGGCUUGACCCAUACCUACCAAGGGCCACAGAGAAUCCCUGUCAGAGUCUCCUUGAGGUAUCCAGCUGGGACAUCCAAGAACACCAAAAGCRUCCAGUCCCAGACCAUCGAGACAGCGCUGGUACCCUGUGAUGCAUGUACCAGUGUCCAGGGCAGCCUUUGGGAAGUGGGCAAAGUGGUCAUCAGCCUGUGUCAGAGCCAGAACUUGCCCUCAUCCUUGGGUCAGUUCCAGCAGCUGGUACAGGACAGCAUGGGGCUCAGGCCACUACCAGCUGCCACCAUGGGCCACUGGGCAACAGAGCAGAGCAAAGACCUGGCACGCCUCAGUAAGCAUGUGAGCACUCUCACUCAGCUUGUUGGGCCCCUUAGGGCCCAACUGGAGGAGGCUGAGGGACAGAAGGAUGGACUAAGGAAGCAGGUGGGCAAGCUGGAGCAUGCCCUGAAGCAGGAGCAGGGCGAGCGGCAGCGGCGGGCAGAAGAGGCUGAGCAGCACAUGGCCCAGCAGGAGUGUGACAGGCAGCAUUUACUCGCAGAAACAUGUGACCUAAAAACAAAGGUGGCCACCCUAGAGGAGGAGCUGAAGCAGCAACAGGAGUCCAUGCAGGCAAUGGAAGCAAAGACCCAGCAGCUGCAGGAGGAAAGUGAGCGCAGGGCAGUGGCUGAAAGGCAGGUGCAGCAGCUGGAGGAGCAGGUACAGCUGCUGGCAGGGCGGCUGGACAGUGCUGGCCAGCAGAUCCGCUGGGCCAGCACAGAGCUGGACAAGGAGAAGGCCCGUGUCGACAGCAUGGUUCGCCAUCAGGAGUCCCUGCAAGCCAAACAGCGGGCCCUGCUACAGCAGCUGGACAUCCUGGACCAGGAGCGUGAGGAGCUACGGGGCAGUCUGGAAGAGGCCGAGGCCCAACGAGCCCAGGUGGAGGAGCAGCUACAGAACCUGCAGAGCCAGAGGGAGCAGGGACAGUGCCAGCUCCAGGCCCAGCAGGAGCUACUGCAGAGCCUGCAGCGGGAGAAGCAAGACAUGGAGCAGGUGACAACAGAUCUACGACUGACCAUCUCAGAACUGCAACGGGAGUUGGCGGAGCUGAGGGAGCGAGAGCGGUUGCUGGUGGCCUUUCCUGACCUACACAAGCCCAUGGAGGCCCAGAUCCCAAACUCUGGCAACGUCACAGAUGACAUGGAGAGGCAGGUGCAGGCCAAUGACAUCCGCAUCCGGGUCCUGCAGGAGGAGAAYGGGUGGCUCCAGUCAAUGCUGUCCAAAAUCCAUGAGGUGGCCCAGCAGGGGGCCCUCAAGAUGAUUCCACAGGAACAGCUCUGGUCCCCUCCCAGCAAGGGAACCCAAGGAGCAGCAUCCCGGGCCCAGGCCCAGAGUACAUCCCCAGGGCCUCUAGGCAGGUGGCACCCUCCUGGCAGCAGGACAAGCAGUGCAGGCAGGACUCUGCCAGGCCAGUCUCAAGCAUCCCCACCUCGGCAGCCCUCCACCUGGCCCAACAAAUCCUCCCUGGAGGACAUGACCCACUCUGCCAUCUGUACCCAGAACCCCAUCCGGACCUUGGCCAAGCUGAGGAGGAGACUGUCACCAAGCCGGGGCCAGGCGGGUACUGCAAACCAGCCCCAAGAACCACCCUUGUAGGCUGUGGUAGAGGUAGGGAUAGAGGACAAGUAGCUGGCAACUCCCAAUGAAAUAAAGGCCCAGCCAUCUAACCAAGAUGAUCUUGGCCUCACAGAAUGGCUAAACUGGACAAAGAGUCCUUCCUUCCCUGCCCAGACUGGAGGCUGAGGCCAUACCAUGCAGGUCUUCAGCGAGCAGAGACCUGGCACUGUGGGCCAUCAGUAGGCAGGAGCUUCCUGACUCCCUCUUGAUAGACUUGGGGAAAGGAGAGCACAUCACAAAGAGAAGCUUCUAGCACCUGGGCCAGGUGAAGAAAUCUUACUAUUCUCACAGCAAGUACCAAGGGGUAAACCUGGUCUCUGUCUUCUCUUUGUUGCAGAAGUAGUCCAGGCACCUACAAAGAGGAAGAUCAGGGUGUGGGGGAUGUACAGGGGAAAGACCAGUGAGGGCAUCUGAGGCAAGCAAUGAGUCAGAAGCUAGGAUGCUGGCUCAGGGCUCACUGAGGCAAGCAGAGUACAGCAGUGCCUUCAGCCUCCCACCGUGGCUCUGAUCCUGGGUCUGGGGCAUUAAGGACCSAAGAACACCAGGCAUUCAUUCACGGAGGAACUCCAUGCCUUUAAGAAUUGGUUAUGAAGGAUUUCUCUAAGUCCUGGAAGUCAGAGCCUCAGGAGGGCCACCAAAGGAAGGGCCAGGACUUUUGUCCCCUGUAUUGAAUCCCCUUCAGGUAUCAAGUGUCUGAUUUCCUUUUUUCUUCUACCAGCCAGAGCAAACUCUGCUUUUAACAGGCCCAGGUCAAGGUCAGGCUCA